AUGAGAAUUCCCAGGGCUAUGACCCUGCUCCGGACCUCGGUGAUGGCAUUGACCUGGCUGGUCUUCGCGAGGAAGACUCUGUCUGCACCGCUGGAUCCGACCCUGGAAAGGAUCUGGAGGGAUUGGAAGAGCACCCACGUGAAAAAAUACCUAGAGGGGGAAGACGCCUUCCGGAGAGCCGUCUGGGAGGAAAAUCUGCAGAUGAUUGAACAGCAUAACCGCGAGGCUUCCGUAGGGAAACAUACCUAUUGGCUGGGCAUGAACCAGUUUGGCGAUUUGACGAAUGAAGAGUUUAACCAGAGGCUGAACGGCUUCCGUCCUCACCUGGCUGGACAAGACGGGAGCAAUGUCACCUGGCUCCAAGAAUCGGCCACUAUGACAGUUCCCAAACAGGUGGACUGGCGCACCAAAGGAUACGUCACCCCAGUGAAAGACCAGGGCAACUGUGGGUCUUGCUGGGCCUUCAGUGCCACCGGUGCCUUGGAAGGCUUGCAUUUCAAGCGGACCGGCAAGCUGGUCUCACUGAGCGAACAGAAUCUCAUUGACUGCUCGGAUAAGCAGCGCAACUAUGGGUGUGAAGGUGGGAACGCGAGUCGGGCCUUUGGCUACGUGCUGGCGAAUGGAGGCAUCAACUCCGAGCGAUCGUACCCCUACAAGGGAAAGAAAGGAGAGUGCCGUUACAACCCAGCCCAAGUAGCCGCCAAGUGCACCUCCAUUGAAAAUGUCCCGAAGGGGAAUGAGAGAGCCCUGGAGCAAGCGGUGGCGAAAUUCGGCCCUGUUUCCGUCGCCCUGGAUUCUAGGAGUAAACAGUUCCAGUUCUACAAGUCAGGAAUCUUCUACAGCCCCUGGGGCGGCGAUGUGUUGAACCACGCCAUGCUGGUGGUCGGAUACAUCACCUCCCGGAAAGGUGGGAAAAGUAAAGAUUACUGGAUCCUGAAAAACAGCUGGUCUCAAAACUGGGGCGAAAAGGGCUACAUGCGGCUGGCAAAAGGGUCGAACCAGUGUGGCGUGGCGAAUGGCGCGUGCUACCCCACCCUGUAA